UAUGAUUCAUAACAACAAGCAGUGACUUGAGAGUUUGUAACUUUAAUAAGCUGUUAAACGACCAUUACCUUAAUGUUUCUUUAAAAAAAUGUAAAAAUAUUCAGUCUGUUGAGUUACUGACUUGUAACCGAUGGUUGAGAAGUUGACAAGAGCACUCAACAUUUUUGUCAAAAGACGCUCAUAACCAGUAUAAAAUGUGAAGCCCUACUUCUAUAAGCUGAUUUAUAGUGUUUCUGUAAUCUGUCGGAUGAAGUAAUUGUUUACUCAGGCCUUUUGAAUAGUGGAUCUGUACUUUCAUGUGUAAAUCGUAAAUGAUGAUAUAUUGGUGUGAACUACAGCUAUGUUGAUCUAUCACGGAGAUUAGAAAUUCAGCAAUCAUGUUUUAAUGAAAUUUGGGUGCAAAAAUUUGAUGAAUGUGAGAAGUUAAACGAUUUAAUGAAGUGCUGAAAUGGUUCUUAUUUAGUGUUUUAUUGCACUGGGUUGAAUUUGAUUUACUCACUGAAAAUAAAGUUACCUUAUCGGGAUGUAAGCAGAUUUAAAACAGACUUUUUUUUAUUUUUUACUCAAUCACAAUGGAUUAUACGGUGAGUAAAACAUAAAAACUGUUGAGGAAAAGUACAUGAUAUGCAUUAUCAAAUACAAAACUGAAAUAUAAGACUACUUGAAAAUAUCAUAAAGAGCAUUAUAAAAGCAUGUCAGCACGAGCAGUGAUUCCACCAUUAACUGUGGACCCAGUCCCCGGUCAACAGAGUUACAACAUGUUGGAGUCUCGUUUGAAAGCAGCUGAGCAGGACACCAGACAGCUCAUUGAGCAGUUGGGAAGUAUGGGGUUUGAGAAUCCACCUGACAAUGGGAAGAGUUCACUGUAUGAACCAGUAUCACCCUUCAGAGGGCAGACAAAAGUUGUGAACCAGGAAAACUAUGAGCGAUUCAAGGCUCAAUAUGAAAGUAUGGUAUCAAGAGUGUGUAAAACUGAGAGUGCUAUGCAGACUUUGAAGUUGAAUUUAGUAAACUUGCAAGGGGACCAGAAGUUAAAUCAAAAACAGGACUUAAAAGAGAUGAAAGAGAAGUUCCAGUAUGCAAGAGAAGCAUAUGAACAAGAAAUAGGUAAGCUGACGCGGCAGGUGGAAUACCUAAAGGAGGAGCUUGGCUCGGAGGUGAACGCGAAAGGAAAGGCCAAACAAGAGAUACAGGAUCUACAGAAGGCCCUUAGUCAGUCUUCUGAAACACGGAUGGAGGCGGCCAUGACAGCUGAAGGUCUGAGCCUGUCACAGCAGAAACUACAGAAGCGUAUCAGUGACCUGAAGGAGGAGGUAUCACGGGAGCAGAGUUUACGAGCCAGCCUUGAGGAGUCACACAACACACUGCUCACUCGUGUACGAGAGAUGGAAAACGUGGUGGAGAUGGAGAGGUCUGGGGUCCAGUCAAUGAGUUCUGAGUUUGCGCAUGUGAAGGCUGAGUGUGAGGGCGUGAAGGAGAGACUGAAAGAAGAAACCAAGCGGAAACAGAUCGCCGAGAGCAACUACAAGAUGCUCUGUGAUGAAAAAGAUGAGUUACUUGUGAAGUAUCGUGGCUGUGAGAGUGACAGAGAGCUGCUGAUUUCCGAGGUUACCCGUCUUCGACAGCAAUACGAAGACCUCAUAAAACAGAUGGAGCAGACACAGGACAUCAUUGACAAACAGCAGGAAAUAUUUCUAGGUGAUAAGCUUAGAGGAGCGGAUGACUUGUCAAUGUUACUGAUCAAGAACAAGGAGUUGGUGGAGGCCAAUGAGAAACUUACGGCAACUCUGCACACCACUGGCGAGGAGCACAAUAAAAUUAAUGCACAACUCAGACGGGAACUAGAGACUGAGCGCAAGAAGUCUCGAGAUAAGGAGGUGGUUGAGGACGAAGCCUCGAGACUCAAGGACAGCGUUGCUGAACUUUCCUCAGAAAACAUAGACCUCAGGAAGAAAAUCAAACGUUCAGAGGAGGAGGUAUGUAAGCUCCAGGGGCGUUUGAGCAGUAAGGAUGCCGAGCUGACACAGACAGCAGAUGGCUUCAGCAAGGAGUUGGCGUCGUUGCGGGACCAGCUACAGCAGCAGAACAAGGAGAGGGACCAGAUACUCAAGGACAAAGGAACACUUCUUGAAGAGGUCAACCAGACUGUAGAUUCUAUGUCGGAGGAGCGAGCGCGUCUACAGAAGGAGGUCCAACAGCUUCAAUUAGAGUUGGAUGGACACUCACGGGCAAGGCGUAAACUCGAACAUGAAAACGCUCAUCUACUUGAGAGGGUCUCCGGGUUUGAGCAGCAACAGAUUAAGGAUAUAACAGACCUUUGCGGCCAUUCUUGUUACCAGCAAGCCCAGAAGCAUGUAGAGACGACCUUGAAGGAGAUGAUGGAUCAGAAGAACAAACUGGCAUACGAGAAGGGGCGUCUGCAGACACAGCUGGAACAGGCUAACGGGGAGCUGGAUGCACUACGCUCCACUGACCUCGACACCAACAAGUAUAAGACUAUAGCUGACACACUCGCCAUUAAAUAUAGCCAGUGUGAGACAGAGAUAAGUGAGUUGAAGGUCAUGAUCCAGCGACAGGAAGCCCAGCUGAAGCAAGCCAACAUUCAGCUGGAUAGUCGCCAUAGUGAUUUCAGCUCCAUCUCUGUUGUCAAGGAUGAACUGCUCAAGGAGAACCAGCGUCUGCUCACAAAACUACAGUCCUCUGAGGAGCGGGAAAAACGAAAGAUCAAGUCACUACAGAAGAGCAUGGAGGAUGGGAAGGCUGUAAACAAGGAGAUUGCCUCAACACUGGAGUCAGUGAUGGCGUCACACUCUCAGCUGCAGAGCGUUGUCGAGAGCCUACAGGUGGAGCUGGGCAAGAAGGACUCGCACAUCACACGACUUAAGAAUGAAAAGAGUCGAGAUCAGUCAGAGUGGAAAGGAGAAAUGAAGCGGUUUGAGGAGAGAAUGGAGGCCCUGAGAGAGGAGUUGAGACGGGAGAGGGACGCUUCACACAGGAAAACUAGCAAGGACAUCGGAGAGGUAAAGAAGCAGAACGAGAACCUGUCUGUACGGAACAUGGAGUUGAUGAAAGGCAACCAGGAGUUACGGCAGAAGACCCGCGACCUUGAGGCCACCGUACAAGACCUCAAGGACAAGGUUGGGGAGCAGAAACGCAAGAUAGACUACCACCGCAGGGGACGCGGAGAGGUGGAGGAGAAUGUCAAGAAAAUGAAGGAGAUGAAAGAAGACAUAGAGGAGCUGGAGUCUCUCAGGGAUACAUACAUUGCCAAGAACCAGGAACAGGCGGAGAUGAUAUCUACAUUCAUGGCCCAGAUCAACACACUGCAGACUGAGUUACGUCAACUUGCCCACGCCCACACACAGACGGCUGACCUUGUUGUGCAGAAGGAACGCUCUAUCGAGAAGGAACGCAAACUCAAGGAAGACAUACGGCGCAGAUACAAGGCAACAAGAAAACGUGAGGACGAACUGGACACUAUGAAGUCUGGAGCAGAGAAACGACUCAACGAGGUGCGAGAGGAGUCUAUGGAGAUUUCAAACCACCUGAAAAGUGCUCAUGAAUGGUUUAAAGACAAGUUUGACAACCUUCAGACUGAGCUCCUGUCUUCAAGGCGUAUACAGGAGAGACUGGAGAGUGACAACACAGAACAGAGACAAAAGUUAGACGGUGAGAGAAGGAAAGCCCAGGCGGCUGCUGAUAAGGCCAGACAGAUGAUACAGGCAAGCCGGCAGACUAUAUCAAGACUAAGCGACUGUGCUGAUCUUGCUGAUGUCGAGACAAAACACCAGCUGAAUGACCUGUACAGCCAACUGCAGGCAGAAAAAGACCAUGGCAAAUAUGUGGAGCAAAAACACCACCAGUACCGGGACGCCUCCGCACGCCAGUUCCAACAGCUUCUCAAUGACACAGAUGACUCGUAUAGCUGAUUAAGACUCUGAUUUAGACAAUGAUAUUAUGUACUUGUAUAAGAUAAAGAUAAGGUAUACAGAAUUGUGAAUAUUAAGCAAAAUUGCUUAUUUUUGGUCUCUGCAAUGCUAUGUAAAGGGAUAUAUUAAUACACAGUUUUAACAGUUACUUACAGACAUAGAUGGCUCACACAUAAGGCUCUCUUUUAAACAACAACAAUGAUUUAAAAUAUAAUGACAUGUUUUUAUGCAAUAAUACUAAAUGCUUAAAUAUAUACAUAGUUUCAACAGUUUCAUAAUAAAAUGAAGAUAACUGAUAUAUUUAUAAUGGCUCUCUUGUAGACAUGUCUGUUUGCAAUACUUUCAUAACCAUUUAAUACACAUCAUAUCUUAUUUUUGUAUUUCCUUUUUCCUACUGCCAUGAGUUAUGCCUAUACUGUAGCAGUUUGUACAUAAAUGAUUUAAACAUUGAUUAACCCAGGGACUCAUUAACAGAUUUCAUAUCGGCAAUUAUGUUUUUAAACUCUGUUGAAAGCAAGGUGUUCUCGUGACGUCCAUGAAAAAACAGUGUCUGGCAGUUACUCAUUUCAACAUAAAAUUGUAAAUCUAAGCUGAAAAUUAGUCAAUUUGUUUAAGCUUUACAAACGCUUUUUCAGCAAAACACCAUUUUUUGUCAUAUCUUUGAAUUAUUAUUUACAAAAGAGCUCUUAUUUGAAUUGUUAAUAUUUUAUCACUGAAACGAGCAUUUUGUUAAUAUUUCUCUUAAAUUAGUUAAAUCAAUUAAGUUAGUUAAGUAUGACCUUAUAAAUCUUGAACAUGUCCCUUUAAUCAACAUAUAUUAUAUGCUUUCUGGUGGUUUAUAGAGAUUUAUCAGUGAAAUGAAAAUGAUAUUUCACUGUUUCAAACAGUGAAAAUAUUGAUUGAUAUUUUUCACUAUUUUAAAAUUUUAGCCCAUUAUUAUGGGCACAUCAAACAUCAGCGGGCAUAGGGACACAAUUUCAGCGACACAAUUUCAGCGACAUCAUUUCCGAAAUAACAAUCUUUUGCUUACAAUUGCGCGUGCUUUUCUAUAUAAACAACUAUAAAAUGUCAUGUUAUAUCACUUGUAGCAAGUAAUAAAAAGAUACUAUGCCUCUCGUGACAUAGUUUUUGGUGCUCACUCAGUGAAAUAUGUUGCGAUCUUUCACUCGAACAAACAAUUAUCCUCUAUAUAUUUGUAUAAACUAUUGCAUUUUUGUUAAACAAACAUUGGGCCGAUUGUCCAGAACUUUUAAUUAAAGUUAACAAUGUGAUUAACAAACUAUUGCAUUUUUGUUAAACAAACAUUGGGCCGAUUGUCCAGAACUUUUAAUUAAAGUUAACAAUGUGAUUAACGACAUCGUUGUUAACUUUUAAACUUUUAAUAUUUGAUUAUGGGCACAUAGAUUUCAGACAAGUACAGCUGAAACAGUCGUCACAAAUCUAGUUAUAAACACCGCAGAUCAUUAGUGUACCCAUUAACUAUCACAGUAGUAUGAUUUGAAAGUUAACAUUGAUAAUGUUAGCAACAUUGUUAACUUUAACAAAGUUCUGAACAAUCGGCCCAUUGUGGCUCAUACAUACAUAAAUGUAUAUUAUAUUAUAAUCUGCUGAAAAGCUCAAUACUGUGUAUAUCUGUGAUAAUUAUUGCUCCCUUGUGAUGAAUCUUUGUGCUUUUUUGUCAUGCAUUUUCAUGUAUUCCUUCAUAUACAAGAAUGGAAUCCUGUAUAGUGUUUGCAACAUAGUCAGUUUAUUAUUUGCAUUUAGUUUGUUAUACUGUAUAAGUGUAUUCAUGACAUUGUAACUUAAUAUUUAAAUACAUACACAUUGAGGGGUGAAUGCGAAAAGGUUCUAAGUGACAUUAAAUAAAGAAGAAGAUAAAACCUUUUCACUUUCACCCCUGUAGGUAGAAUAAACCAUAUAUAUGGAACUGGACCACUAUUUAUAAAACAUCUACAAACAAAAGUUGAUUUCGGAUCUUCCUAAAAUGUUCAUAGAGAAAAAUAUGAAAGUUUUACCCAUUCAAGUAUGGGUUUUCAAUAAAAUUAAUGAAAACAAAGUAUAUCUGAAAAUACUAUCUUUUUUUUUAAUAUGACCAUUGAGAUACUUAAAUUAGGAAAGUGGCUUAAAUUAGGAAAGUGGCUUAAAUUAGGAAAGUGGCUUAAGUUAGGAAAGUGGCUUAAAUUAGGAAAGUGGCUUAAAUUAGGAAAGUGGCUUAAGUUAGGAAAGUGGCUUAAGUUAGGAAAGUGGCUUAAAUUAGGAAAGUGGCUUAAAUUAGGAAAGUGGCUUAAGUUAGGAAAGUGGCUUAAGUUAGGAAAGUGGCUUAAAUUAGGAAAGUGGCUUAAAUUAGGAAAGUGGCUUAAGUUAGGAAAGUGGCUUAAGUUAGGAAAGUGACUUAAAUUAGGAAAGUGACUUAAGUUAGGAAAUGACUUUAAUAAGAUGUUUUAUGGGUACUGGCCCUUAGUUUUAAUGUAUUAUAUAUACUGCAGGUAGCAUUUAGGUCAUUAUUUAUGUAAUUAUGUUUUAUCAUAACUUUCAUUUACCUUGAAAACAAUUGUUAAUAUUUUGUUGCAUUGUUUACAGUUCUCAGAUAAUAAUCUGGUAGUUUAUACCUGAUGUGAUAUAUCAAAAUGUUCUUGAAUACCCAAGUAUUAUUUUCCAUUUGAGCAUGUAAAGCCACCACAUCAUUUCACAACACAAUUUCAAGACAAAAUGUAGAUGUAAGUGUACAUGUAAAUGAACUUACUGUUCCUGUCUGUGUCAAUUGUGAGCUUUCAUAUUCAGUUCGAAACAGAAUACUUGUGUGAAUGAGAAAUUGCGAGUGUGCUAUUUAAUUACAUGCAUUUUUAACCAACAUUGUCUUAACACUGACUUUUGUUCAUGUAAUAGGAAAGAUCUGAGAUAUAAUAAAAGU